AUGGAUGCUUUUGUAUCUACAGAAACCUAUUUCAAUUAUGAAGAUUAUAUAUCAUACAAAGGUGAAUUUUCUAUAAGUCCUGCAGAAUCACUUAGUACUCAUGACAUUGAAGAAUUUCUUCAAGAUUUCAAAGAUGUAGAUGCUGCGAAAACAACCAUUCAAUCUUUUUGUAUGAAAAUAAAAGCAUAUUUUGAGUAUAUUAAUCAUAUUUAUUCAAGUAGUUACAAUAAAUGUUGUGAUUAUAUAAACUACUAUAUAAAAGAGCUAGAUGACAUGACAUAUAUAAGUACUAAUGAAACUUUAUCUAUGUAUUUGAGAGCUUUUGUUAAUAAUUAUAAUUAUGAUGCGAAUAAUAUGAAAUUUAGAUGCAAUCUAAAAGAUAUUGAUGGAAUCAUAUAUGAAAAAAAAAAAAAACUAUAUAAUAUAUAUGAUAUAUAUUCGAGUAUAUUUCAAAUAAGGGCAAAUGAAAUUCCUGGUCAGGAUUUAUGUUAUUAUUUUCAAAGUUUGAUUGAGGCAUAUAGUGAACUCUUAAAUAUAAUAAAAUCCCCCUUCGAUAGUGCCUUUCUUGCUGAAGUAAAUAAUAUUAGUUGUCUAAUUGAAAAGAAUGAAUUGAAAUCCAAUGUCAAAUGCAGCAGAGAAUUAUUAGAGUUAUCAGAAAAAAUUAAUUCUGGAUAUUAUGAAAAAAAAUGCAUUGUAAUAGAGUCACCAGAACAAAUGAAAGAACAAUUGAUGCAUUCUAAAAUAAAUUUUGUUGAAACCUUUUCUACUAAUAAUAGCCCUAAAAAAGUAAUAAUAACAACAGUACUCUUUACUAUAAACUUAGGAGCAAUUUUUUUAUAUCUCUACCAGUAUAGAGAAUUUUGGAAAAUUUUACGCCUUCGUAUGCUGAGAAAGAUAAGAAGGACAAUGAAUAUGAAGGACGAACAAUGCGAGCAUAGAUUAUUCAAAUAUGAAAUUGAUCUUACAGGUACUGAUGAAAAAAACUAUAACAUAACCUAUACUUCUGGAAUAUAA